GUGUCUGUCUAAAGGAGUCGAGUGGUGACGGCGGCGCAAAAGGCUUUGAGAAGACCGAGCGACAAUGGCGGGAGGCAAGAUAAAGAAGGAGAAGCCCAAGGCACCAUCAAACCAUGACCAAGGAGGAAUCUCCUUCCACAAAUCGAAAGGACAGCAUAUCCUCAAGAACCCUCUCCUCGUUGAUUCAAUCGUUCAGAAAGCAGGUAUCAAGAGCACCGAUGUGAUCCUCGAGAUCGGUCCAGGUACUGGUAACCUUACGAAGAAGCUUCUCGAAGCUGGUAAAGAAGUCAUCGCUGUCGAACUCGAUUCUCGUAUGGUUCUCGAGCUUCAACGCCGUUUCCAAGGAACUCCUUAUUCUAACCGCUUGAAGGUAACCCAAACUAACAUUCUCUCGUUGUCUGUUUAUUACAUAGAGUUAAUGUUACGGAACAUUCCCUAUCAGAUAUCAUCUCCUCUCACGUUCAAGCUUCUCUUCCACCCAACAAGCUUCAGGUGCGCUGUGAUCAUGUACCAGAGAGAGUUCGCCAUGAGACUCGUUGCCCAACCUGGAGACAACCUUUACUGUCGUCUCUCAGUCAACACUCAGCUCUAUGCAAGAGUCUCCCACCUCCUCAAAGUCGGCAAGAACAACUUCCGCCCGCCUCCGAAGGUGGAUUCUUCUGUUGUUAGGAUCGAACCGAGGAAGCCGCAGCCUCAGGUGAACAAGAAGGAGUGGGAUGGUUUCUUAAGAGUCUGUUUCAUCAGAAAGAACAAAACUUUGGGAUCGAUUUUUAGGCAAAAGUCUGUUCUUUUGAUGCUGGAGAAGAACUUCAAGACUCUUCAGGCGGUACUAGCUUCGUUGAAUGGCUCGACCGGAGAAGCUGCCGGUAUGGAUCUUGAUGACCAGAGCAUGGGAAUGGAAGAUGAUGACAACGAAAUGGAUGAUGAUGAUGAUGUGGAGAUGGAUGAAGGACAAGGAGAAGAGUUUAAGGAGAAGGUUAUGAAUGUGUUGAAGGAAGGUGGGUUCGAGGAGAAGAGGUCGUCUAAGUUAUCACAACAAGAGUUUCUGUAUCUUCUCUCGUUAUUCAACAAGUCGGGCAUUCACUUCUCGUAGAUUAGUUAUAUGAUAUGGGUGGAAACGUUUUGUCCUCUCUCUUUUUUUUUUGUUACUGAUUACUCUCAUCAAAAGAGAAAGUGUACCCUGUUUUUGUUCUUCUAGUUUGUAUUGAUUUAAGUAAGAAAUGAUGAGAAGAUUGAUUGAGCUAAGUUUUCUG